CCCUGCGAGUCAGAUCACGUGGCUGGCGGCGCAGGCGCCGCGGCUGCCCCGGAAGUGCCUGGCGCGGCGGCAGCGCGGAGCGGAGCAGCGGGGACCGCGCCCAUGUCGGGCUUCGACACCAACCCGUUCGCCGACCCGGUGGACAUCAACCCCUUCCAGGACCCCUCGGUGACACAGCUCACAAACGCCAGCCAAAGUGGCUUGGAUGAAUUCAACCCCUUUUCCGAGAGCUCCCAGCUGACAAAUGCGGCACGGACGACACCAGCCACGCAGCCCUCUGGCCACUCACAGCCAGCGGUUUUGCAGACGUCCACGGAGCCCACUCCCCAGGCUGUGGCCGCGGCGGCGCAGGCUGGGCUGCUUCAGCAGCAGGCGGAGUUAGAGAGGAAGGCAGCAGAGUUGGAGAAGAAGGAGAGGGAACUGCAGAGCAACGCAGCCAGCAUCAACCCGAGGCAGAACAACUGGCCGCCUCUUCCCAAGAAGUGUCCGAUCAAGCCGUGUUUUUAUCAGGAUUUUUCAGCAGACAUCCCAGCUGACUACCAGCGGAUAUGCAAGAUGCUGUAUUACUUGUGGAUGCUGCAUUCGAUUACCCUGCUCCUAAACCUGCUCGCUUGCCUGGCGUGGUUCACAGUUGACAGCAGUAGAGGAGUAGACUUUGGUCUCUCGAUCCUGUGGUUUGUUUUAUUCACCCCUUGUGCCUUUCUCUGUUGGUACCGACCAAUUUACAAGGCUUUCAGGUCUGACAGCUCCUUCAGCUUCUUCGUCUUCUUUUUCGUCUUCUUCUGCCAAAUAGCGAUCUACAUCAUCCAGGCUGUCGGCAUUCCAGGCUGGGGUGACAGCGGGUGGAUCGCGGCGCUGUCGGAGCUGCGCGGGAACCUGGCCGUGGCCGUGAUCAUGAUGGUGGUGGCAGGAUUCUUCACGCUGUGCGCUGUUCUCUCGCUCUUCCUCCUGAAGCAGGUGCAUUCCCUGUAUCGGCGCACGGGAGCCAGUUUCCAAAGGGCCCAGGAGGAGUUUUCCCAAGGCAUCCUCAGCAACAGGAGCUUCCAGAACGCGGCCGCUGGGGCGGCCUCCUCAGCCGCACAGAGCGCUUUCCGGGGAAAUUAGCUCUUCCCAGGCUGCCUCCCCCUCGCUUCCUCUGCCAUCGUCACCCCAACCUUCUUUGUUUUGUUUUGGUUUUGUUUUUUUUCUAAAGAUGCACUUUUUGGGGGUACCGUGUUAGCUCUGUGAUGCUGGUUCCAGAUGAGAUCUGGGUUUUUUUAGCUUCAGCUGGUUACGUUUAUGAUGGUUAGUUUUCCCUGUCUUAUUUUAGGGUGUGGGGAGAUAGGGGAGACAUUCUCUGAAGCAAAUAUAUUUCCCUAUCCAGGACAUACCGAGUGUUUGUCUCUCUUCCCUCCCUUGCCCUGUCUAUAGCAGGAAGGUGAGGGGAAGCAGGUUCUUUAUUUUUCUCUCUCUCUUCUAUUGACCUUUACUAUGAAGAAUUUGAUUAUCUGCUGUUUGUGGGUGGGUGUAAGUUGCAUGUAGUCUAUGUCUUUAAUUUUGAGAGCAGGAACUGUACUUUUGGUUUAUUACACUUAACACAAUGCUGCAUUUUGACCUGUUAACUGCUCAGCUUCCCAAGAGUCGGGGUAGUGAGGCAUGAAGGAAAACCUGGGAGCAGGGGGAGUUAGAGAGGAGGGGAAAUGUCUUUCUCCGUGUCCCCCCAUGGCAAACCCCCCGCUCUGCUGCAGCCGAUGGGGGCUCCCGUGCACGAAGAGGUGGAGAAGGGAUCAGUAGGCGCUGAGUCUUCACCGUGGCCUUAAACCGGGGGAGGGAGGGGAAAAGGGAUUUUUCUUGGCCUCAGCAGGACCCGUGGCACUGAAGACUUGGGCUCAAACACCACGCGAUGUCCUUCUCCAGCUAUCCUUGAGAGCCUGCCCGCCAGAGCGUGAAUGGGUUUUUCUCCAGGGACAGCUCCUUCCUGCCUUCCUCCUCCCACAUAUUAUCUUCUUCAGCUGGGAAAGAACUGCUUUGGAUUUUUUUUCCCCAGCUAGGAAGGAGCCAGUUUGAUGUGUUUUUAGAUUCGAAAGCCGUGUCCCGAGGUGCAAUGUCCCUGUGGAUGGGGACAAGGUGCCUGUUCAUGUGCCCGUUGUGGCAAGGUGUGAUGGGGACGGUUUCCUCACCCCCCCCCCCGCCCUCCAGCACCGUUCGCGUAUCUAUGCAGGAGGGGCGUUACUUGCAGAUUUAACUUCGUGUUGCCCCUUGUCCCCUCCUGCCCUGGCGGGGUUCAUUCUGUGUCGCUGGCCGGCAGGGCUGUUGUCUGGGGAUGUCUCCUCACAUAGAUAUCUGCAUUUUUACACCCCCUUCCUCCUCUGUUAUUUUUUUCCCCCACAUCUGAUCUUUUAAUGUAAAAGAAAAAAAAAUUAAUAAUAAAUUGUAUAUGUGCUCAAAAGAAAA